AAGGAAUUUUAUUUUCCAAUUAGGUUUACCAGACAUGAUUUUAUUGCUCUGUGCCUGGCAAUAUUAAUUCCAGUGACUUGUAUAGUCCUUACAAUGGUGUCCGUUCUACCGGCAUUGGGAGCACCUCCAUUACCUGACUUUCAAGAUCCCACUAAAGUAAGUAACUUUAAUUUCGGGAGACCAGAGGAGCCUGCAAUCCUAAUCUCCAAGUUGGAAUGAAUGGAAUGCAUAAAACGCAAUCUUACCAAGCGCUUUACGACGUUCCGUUACGUGAAACGUUCGCAAAGCAAAGCGUCUACCGUUGGGGCAAGAGGGUUGUUGUCCUUCGAUCGAUCUCGAAGGCGUUCCCUAACCUUUUGUUAUUACUAGUAAUUAAGCCAUUAUUAGGUUACCGGCAUUAAACUGUGGUCAAAAGAAGAUAUAAGGGACCUUAAACAAAAACGUUUUUGAAGUCACGUGGUCUUCGUUACAAAUAAGGCCGAGUGGCUCUAGGAAGGAGCAAUCCUAAUCUUCAAAUUGCUAUUACGCAUGAGCGUCAUGUGUAUAGGUAGCAUUCGUCAGAAUGAAUGGAAUGCAUAGAACGCAAUCAGACCAGGAGCGCGUUACGGCGUCCUAUCAAGUGAAACGUUCGCAAACCAAAGCGUGUGCCUUUGGGGCAAGAGCGUUUUGUCCUUCGAUCGAUCUCGACGACGUUCCCUAACCUUUUGUUAUUACUAGUAAUUAAGCCAUUAUUAGGUUACUGGCAUUAAAUUGUGGUGAAAAGAAGAUAUAAGGGAGCUUAAACAAAAACGAUUUUGAAGUCACGUGGUCUUCGUUACAAAUAAGGCCGAGUGGCUCUGGGAAGGAGAAUGACAGUUCCUAUUUCAAGUUAAAACAGCAAGGAAGCACACACUACCAACCUUUGCGAUAUUGCCAGUGUUAGUUUUGUCUCCGAUUUUCUUUGUUGCACGCGUGCAGGGACCUUCUCCUCUCUUUCUCUUCCUCUUUGCGCCUGUCCGCAGGGUUCAAAUUCAUACUCGUAGCGAUAAGCAAAUUACCCAGCCUGGCACUUUUGUUACGCAUACUUUGGUAUGCAAUGUGUUUUUAAUAAUGUGGCUUUAUGUUCUUCUAGGGAUUUGAACCCAGAGGUACAGAACUGAGUAACGAGAUUUCAACUUAUGAGAAUUUCGUUAAAGCUCUAAACAUCUCAUCGCCCUUGCGGACGUCAUUGUCUACACAAGUCGGAAAUGAAACGGGUCAAGCACAAGCAAAGCGCAAACGACGCUCAGUGCAGCAACUACAGGGCUCACUACAACCGCCUUUCUAUGAUUUCGUUUCUGAGUCUAUGGUGUUUGUCUUUAAAGUUUUAGAUCCAAAAGAGAACUUGUUUGAUGCACCGAAACUAAAAACCAUGUGUACCAUGGACAAUAAAAUUGUGCGUUCAAGCCCAUCAUUUACAACAUACUGUUAUAAAUUUAACGAUGGGUCUACAACACAGUGUUAUUCCAGCUGGAACCUUGGAAAUUACGUCGCGUUACUAAACAACCGUACUUCGUGUCAGAUGAUAACAGAUGAUGAUGUCUCGAAGGUGAAAAUCUUGAUGAGGAACUGUUCGACUUAUUUUCUGAAGCAGACUCUGAAGCCUGACUGUAAGUACCCAGAUUUCUCUAGAAAUGAAACUGUGAGCUCCAACUGCCCAUCUGUGCCUGCCCAAUGCAUCAAACACUCUGCGGUGUACAAUAUGUUUCAGUAUCUUGUAGACAACGAGUUCAUGAAUACACCAGACAAUGAUUUUCUGAAAUACACUCUCUCCAUUCUUCCUGUGGCUUAUGAACUGAACGCUUUUUAUGAUGAGAUGUACGAUAGACUAAAGGAUGACACACAUGUAAGUCAAGGAGUAGAAUUGGUGACCUUCAGGUUUUGGAGAUACAAGUACAAGAAAUUCAGUGACGAGCUUUUCGUGGAGAUCAUCUUCCCAGCUCUGGCUUUGAUCGUUGUCUUUGGCGUGAUGUGGACAUUCCUUGGAUCAUUUAUACUUACAUUUUGUGGCCUGUCUUGUGUAAUUUACGCAGGUGGUCUUUCUUAUUUUCUCUACAACUUUGUAUUCCGUAUGGAUUUUUUCCCUUUCCUUAAUAUUCUAACUCUGGUAUUCUUGGUGGGAAUUGGAGCAGACGAUGCGUUUGUGUACUAUGACAUAUGGAGACAGUCAAGAGCUGCAAACCCUGACGCGAACAUAAUGCAGUUGACACUUAAAACGUUACGCUAUUCUGCUCUCUCUAUGCUGGUUACAAGUUUGACAACUUCAUCAGCAUUUUUCGCCGGGAUAUCUUCCACAAUCACCGCCAUUAAGUGUUUUGGUAUAUUUGCUGGCACAUCCAUCUUGACAAACUACCUUCUGAUGAUCACAUAUUUUCCGGCAUGUGUGGCCCUACAUGAGAAGUGGAUCAUGAAGUAUAACGAUGGUCAGAGCUUGGAAUCUCAACCAUCAACAGAGGUGCCUGUUGAGGAAGUGGCAAUGCCAGUGGCCCAAGACAUGAUUGAGCAAAGAAACGCGGCGAGCAACCACAAGACAGCUGAUGAUGUUAAAAAACACCCAAACACCUGCAUUCUACAAGUUUUUGAUUUCCCUUGCUCCCUCGCAGUUUCAGCCAAAAGUGCGGUCCAAACAUUCAGUUCCAAGUUUUUUGGUCGUUGGUUACCAUUCGUGGUCAUCAGGUUUUAUUGGAUUUGGAUAGCCUUGCUCAUCGGUCUAACCACUGGCUUUUUAUGCGUUACCUUUUACAAACCCGGACUUCAGUUGCCAGAAAGUGAUGAGUUGCAAACAUUUGCCUCUUCUCAUAUGCUAGAAAACUACAAUUUAAACUAUAAGAGUUUCUUUAGGUUCGAGCAGAGCGGAAGCAUGGUUGUAGAGCUGAUAUGGGGAAUUAAACCUGUAGAUAACGGCAACUACUUUAACCCAGAUGACAAAGGAACGUUGGAAUUUGAUGAAUCAUUCAGUGCCGACCUCUUUUCCGAAGAAGGACAAAAGUUCAUUCUUUCGGUCUGUAAGUCUGCUGAAAAGCAAUCAUUUUUUGGUGCAUUUGCUGCGGGCACUGUGGAGUGCCCGAUUGAGGCUUUAAUUGCCUUAUGUAAAGCUGGUCCAAACCCAUGUUGCGGAAACUACAGCUUUCCAUUUCCAGCUGAUGUCACCGAGAGAUGUCUUCUUGAAUUUGCAUCGCGAGGUAAUGAAUCAGGCUUACUGUUUGAUGCAAAGAGCAAAGCAAUUAAGGGUUUCAGACUGGUCAUUUCCACCAACCAACCUUUUACAACAGCCUUUUCGGUCAUAGACAAAGUCUAUGACGAAGUGACAUCUUGGUUUGAAGGUCAGUUGUCUAAUGCCCCUCCUGGUCUGAAAAACGGCUGGGCGAGUAGUUGGGGAUUCCGAUUUUAUGGUCUUCAAAUUGGCCUCUCGCGUGGCACCUAUUCAUCCCUGGGUAUUUCGGUGGCCGCAUCAUUCAGCAUCAUGUUGCUCACAACACUCAACAUCUUUAUCAGCAUCUAUGCCAUCGUCACAAUUAUUGGAAUUAUUGCGAUCACCAUUGGAUCUCUUGUAUUAGCUGGCUGGCAACUUAACAUAUUAGAAUCAAUUAUCAUGUCAGUAGCUGUUGGACUGUCAAUUGACUUUACCAUGCAUUAUGGUGUGGCUUACAGACUGGCACCAGACAAAAGCCAAAAAGAAAGCAGGGUACGUUACUCACUGGCUCACAUUGGAUCAGCGAUCACGAUGGCAGCACUUACAACGUUUCUAACAGGUAAGUGUUUUACUCCUUAGUUCAUGAUUUUCUCUAUUCAUUCCUCAAAUAUUCUCAAUGUGACUCUUUAUUGGGACUGAGACGUUAUUUUCUAGUGCAGAAUGGAGAUAAAAGUAAUUGCCGAGACAAGGUUUACAAAGAGAACAGUUUCGGGGCAUUGGUGGCCAGGAUCGACCCGGGUUCUUAACCCGCAGGGGAUGCCGUGGGGGGUUUUCCUUUAACUCUAGUUUAUCCUACCAUCAAAAACUAACGCUCCCCACUGAUUAAAAUGCGAUCUGGAACGCAGACGCACUAACACGCGUAAACGUGUUCUGUAGACAACCUCGUCCCCAAGGCUUUUCGCUUUGAAAAUUGGGAAGGCGGAAAAAGACCCCUUUCCCAGCUCCUCCCAUGUUUUAAUGGCAUAGUUCCGCGGAAGAGGUUGUUCUUUAAAGUUUCUAAGUUGGUGAACAAAUAAAAUUUACACCUUUACCCUUUUUACAAUCAAACGAUGCAUAUCGGCUAUCGCCAAGUGCGUCAAUUUAUUUCUUUUGUUUGUUUGGUAACUUAACAUGAUAUAUUUUUAGGCAGUACCAAACGUGACAAUGCAAGGCCUGGUAACAAGGAAAGGAAUUUUCUUGUCAUUCAACUGAAAACCAGUUAAUCGUAUUUUUUAGGACUGAUGCUGAUGCCUACAACAGUUUUAGUGUACUUGCAGCUUGGUCAGUUCCUGAUGUUAGUCAUGGUGUUCAGCUGGCUUUAUUCCACCUUCAGUUUCUUAGCCAUCUGUAAUGUGAUUGGUCCAAAGAAUGAUUUUGGACAGCUCAGCAUUGCUCGUCUGUUCGCGCAUUGUGGGCGUUGUCUACGCCGAGUUAAACCAAAAGACAGUGAAGAAUUUCAAGAGACAAAUGAGCUGGGAAAGGUGGAGCCUAAAGACUCUUCAAACCCCAUCAACGAGAAUGAGCCAGGCAACGUUACAAGUGACUACUCGAAGAAGCAAGACAAGGUUACUUUUGAGCAUUCGGAUGAACCAGAAAUUGUUAAACCUGCUCACAUCGAUGAAUCAGACACGGUUAAUUUUGACCACAUGGACGAGCCAGAAAUUGUUAACCCUGCACACAUCGAUGAAUCAAAGAUUCAACAAUCCGAUGAGAAGCAUACUGAGAUAAGACACUUAGGCAUAGUCAAUAAAGGUGCUGAUAGUGCAGAUGAAAUAAACACCGCUCUCUGA